AUGGCAACACCUCCUCCACCGCCUCCCACUCUCUCAACCUCUUCGGAAUCCACUCAACGCAACAAGAAAAAAUUAAAUUUAUGUAUUCAAUCCAGUGAUGAUCAUGAUGAUGCUAAUACUGUUCAUUCCGAUCAAAACGUCCAAUCCAAAAAACGAGUUCAAUUCAUCUCUCAUUUUCAUCAUGAUUUAUUAUUUGUAAAGAGCGGAAUGGUGUUUUUAGAUUCAAACAAUGUAUUGACUCACUCACCGUGCGUGAUGUCUUUUGGUGGAAUUUAUAACUUUAAUGUGAUUGGCAAUGAAAUGUUUUAUUUGGAUUUAGAACCGAAAGAAACUUUGAUUGGCAAUGAACAAAAUUGUGAUGAAAUUGAACAGAAUGAUGAAAAGCAUCGAAGGAAAGACAAAUAUCAUGCAUUAUUUCAAUGGAAGAAAUUAGAAAUUGAAAAGAACGAAAGAAAUUUGAGACAUUGGCCUUUACCUGACAUUCAUUACGCGAUGGAAUAUGUUCCUUCCCGACAAUGGAUUGUUUUGGCAAAAAAUAAUUAUUUAUUUGUUCUUUGUUUGAAAUCAUUGAAGUUUCAUGCCAUCGAAUUGAGAAAUGUGUAUGCAGAUGAUUUUGAUUUGUUUCUAUGGAAGGAUCAAUAUUUGUUUUUCACACAAAAUCAAUCGUAUUUUCAAUAUCACUUGAUGAAAAUAGAAUUGAAAGAAAUUGAGAAGGAAAUGGAAUAUUGUGAUCUACAUGAACGGGUAGGGCGUUUAAAAUCCAUGAAUAAUUAUUCCUUUCAUUGCCUUUAUACCUCUAAAAAAUCAGUGGUUUUAGCCAGUAUUCAAAAGAAAGCCAAGUUACUCUUCACAGACGAUGAAAAUUCCAAAACUUCAAAUGACUUUAAUUUAUGGGUAUUUGGAGGAAAAAAAGACGUAUCCAAUGAAUAUCGGUCCAUUCGAGUGUUGAACAUGACAACAACGUCCACCACAAAUUUCAUGACGAGAGUGCAUGAAUUUCCAGUGCAUGAUGUUGACAAUCAUUACAGAACCAAUUCAUACAUGGCAUUAAUUCCAAACAAGAAUUUAGAAAAUAAUUGUGACCAGCAGCAACGAGUGUCAAUGUUGCUGAGCCAUGUCGAAUCGAUGAAUGGAGUAGAUCGAAUUUUCUUUCAUAUUGCCCAUGUCGACCGAACAAGCUCUACAAAUUCCACAAAUUCGAGCAAGCACAAGAAUUUCGAACUUGAGCGAUUAGUAUUUAACAACAUUCCAGUACCACCUUCCAUUCAAAAAUGUGUAUUUCGACCCUUCCUUCAUUGUUAUUAUGACAAGUAUGGUCAUCGAAAAGGAAUUUACAUUGUGAAUAGUCAUGUCAUGUAUUUUAUUCAUUUGGAUUAUGAGUCAGUGAGUUUUUGUUUUCAAUGGAAGAUUUUGUUGAACAAUGAAACACAUGCUUUGAGUGAUAUUGAAAUAAUCACCCAAUCCAUUGUGUAUUUAUGA